UGUUGGGUAUAGCUUAAUUAGUGCAGGGAUUUCCCUGCACUAUUGCUUUGAUUUUCUCUGCUUUGCUGCUCACCAAUUCAUAACCAUUCCUUCAACCCUGUCUUCUUCUUCUGUGUUUUUCAUCUUUCUUCUCCUGCAUCAUCUGCUGCUCUGUCAAGCUUGAACUGAUGGCCCUCUCGUCGAUUGGAUUCGAAGGAUAUGAGAAGCGCCUUGAAAUCACCUUCGCAGAAGCUCCUUUGCUAGUCGAUCCUCAUGGCCACGGCCUUCGUGCUCUCAGCCGGCCCCAAAUUGACUCCAUUCUGGAGCCUGCAAAAUGCACCAUUGUCGCAAAGCUUUCCAACAUGGAUUUUGAUUCCUACAUUCUCUCUGAAUCGAGCCUUUUUGUGUACCCAUACAAGAUAAUUUUGAAGACUUGUGGCACUACCAGGCUCCUGGCAUCAAUUCCUGUGAUCCUGAAUCUGGCCGCUGAGCUUUCACUAUCUGUAAUGGCAGUGAAGUACUCUAGAGGAAGCUUCAUAUUCCCAAAAGCACAGCCUUCUCCCCACAGAAGCUUCUCUGAAGAAGUAGGAGUUCUCAAUAUGUUCUUCGGCCACCUUGCAUCUGGUGGGGCUGCUUAUGUUAUCGGUAAUCCAUCGGCGCCGAACCAGAACUGGCAUGUUUAUUAUGCUUCUGAGAAGCCUGAACAUUCAAUGGUGACAGUUGAGAUGUGCAUGACCCGAUUAAACAGUGAGAAAGCAACUGUCUUCUUCAAGAAUUCUGCUGGCGGCAAUGUUUCAUCUGCUGGAAUGAUGACUGAAAGAUCUGGGAUUCCUCGUAUCAUCCCUGAAAUGGAAAUAUGUGACUUUGAAUUCCACCCCUGCGGGUAUUCGAUGAAUGGAAUCAAAGGCAAAGCUUUUUCAACCAUUCACGUCACGCCAGAGGAGGGAUUCAGUUAUGCGAGCUAUGAAGCAAUGGGCUUUGAGCCAAGCAAGCUGAGCUAUGGCAAUCUGAUUGGGAGGGUUCUUAGGUGCUUUGAUCCUGCAGAGUUUUCUGUGGCAGUCACAAUCUUUGGUGGGCGCCCCUUUGCUUGCUCAUUUGGUCGGAAGCUAGAUGUUCAUGGAUACAUGCGCAGGGAUUGUGUGGAGCAGAAGCUCCGAGGCGGCGGACUGCUCGUGUAUCAAAGCUUCUCUGUUUCGGCCAUAGAUGAAACUAACUCUCCGAGGUCUAUUCUGCAUUGCUGGGAAGGGGUGAAUGAGGAUGAGAAGAGCAGGAAGGAGAUGGUGUUCUGAGAAUUAUAUGAUUAAUGGUGAAAGAGUGAAUUUCUACUGUUGCUUUAUAAUAAAAAUGUCUGUUGUAGACUUUUCCUGGUCAAGCGGGCAUUAGGUUACCGUUGCUUUUGAUUUGUUUUUCUUUGAUGCUUGUUUUGUUGUUUACCCGUCUCUAGUUU